UUAGCAAUUUUUAAUGAACUUAGGGACUUCAUUUACCCAAAAAAAAAUUCAAGAACUAAAUCGGCACUUCAUCCUUAAUCUAAUCAACUACUUUUUUUUUUUUUUUGUUCUUUUUAAUAAAAUUGAUAUUAUAUUAUUGGUUUGAAAAAUGGCACACCUUAAAUUGGCAUUUGAGUCCAAAUAUCAAGUCAUAAUCGAGCAACAAUUUACGUUGCAUGACUUAACACGAGUGUCUAUUAUUAUUAUGGGAACUGUUUUUUUGCUCAUCGUCUGUUCACUUAUAUUAUGACACUUAAUGUACUAGAUUGUGUUUCCGAUACAAUAAAAAUCUCUCCUAGUAAUGAUGUUUUUCUAGCGUAUUAUAUGAUAUGCCCUAAAUAUAUAAUUACUGCUGGUGUUGAAACGUGCAGUCCUUUGAUCUUAUCAACUCAAAUGCUAGCUCUCUGCGUGCUAUUCUCCCUCCACCUUGUAAACUGAAAACCUCGUCGUAGCUAUUUAGGUAAUCUCUUUUGCUCAUCAUCAGGGUCAUUGAGUACAUAUAUAUUUGAGUUAUUAUGGAGAGAAUCGUCAGUAUAGAAACUUCAGAUGGGGAGGACCCGGUAGCAAAGAAAAUGGGCAGAAAGGCUGGAGAAAGUUCAAAAGCAAUAUGGAACAUGAUAUUUGCGAUAUCAUGCGUAUUUGCUGUCUCUCUGGAUCCCUUGUUCUUUUACGUCAUGAUCAUCGAUCAGGAUGACAAGUGCCUUCAAAUGGACAAAACGUUGAGCAUUGUUGCUUGUCUCACGCGAUCACUCACGGAUGUCAUUUUCCUGGUUCAUUUUAUACUUGAAAUUUAUGACCGUGUUCAAAAUCCAAAACCACAAACCCAAAAAAAUGGGGGGAAUUCAGAUAAGAAAUCGAAAAUCAGAAAGUUGAUUGAUCAUGUUUCCGUGAAAAUAGCUCAGAAGAUGCCAUGGUUAUCUGUCUUUACUGUAAUAGGCUUUUUCGCUCUUCUUCCCCUCCCACAACUGCUAAUAGGAAUUAUUUUUUACACAAUGAAAGGCUCAGGAUUUGUGGAACACAAAAACGUUCUGACUUUUUUUCUUCUCUGUCAAUAUUUUCCGAGGAUUUAUCGAAUCUACCUAUCGGCCAAGGAUUUCAAAAUGAUUAAUGGGAAGUGGAUUAAGGGUCUAUACAACAUGUUUCUGUACAUUCUUUCCAGCCACGUACUCGGAGCUUUUUGGUAUUUUUUUUCUAUUCAACGAGAGUUAACAUGUUGGCAAGAGGCUUGUGUAAAUCAUAGUAAAGAUCCCAGAGCAUGUUUGAAUACUUUCAACUGUGAUAGUCGAAGUACCAUUGCAAGAAAUAUAACAUUUCUAAAUGAGCAUUGCCCGUUAGAUAAUCCAAAUGGUGCUUCAUCUCCAUUUAACUUUGGAAUUUUUAUUGAUUCCCUUCAGAAUCAAAACACAGAGCAUAUACUGUUCAGAAAAAAGUUUUUUUACUCUUUAUGGUGGGGCCUACGAAAUAUAAGUAAUUUUGGGACUAAUCUGACAACAAGUACAUAUGUGUGGGAAAACUUGUUUGCGAUUUUCAUUUCUAUCGUUGGUUUGCUACUGUUUUUAUAUCUCAUUGGAAACGUGCAGACUUUUAUGCAGAUGGAAGCUACAAAAAAAGAGGAGAUAAGACAAAAGAUUAAGAUGAAGAAGCUAGACGUACACGCUUGGAUGUCCACAAAUGAACUUCCUUAUGAUAUAAGGGAAGAAAUCUUGAGUAGCAUAAAGCAAACAUUGAAACAAAAAACAUUGAAACAACACAUUGACGCUGAUCUCCAUAAUUUUCUGUUCUCCAUUCUUCCCAGGAAAACCAAAACAUCUUUGAAGCGUUGUCUUUGCAUGAAAACACUUAAGAAAGUAAAAAUACUUCAAGGCAUGCAUGACAAAGUGUUGACGUUGAUGUGCGACUAUCUGCAGCCAGUGACGUACAUUGAGAACAGCAACAUUUUUCGAAUGGGAGAUCCACUCGACUGCAUGCUGAUCAUUAUGGAAGGGACAGUGUGGACCUACGCGUCGAGUGAUAGUCAACUUGGGCGAGGAAACUCAUCAAUGGGCACCAUGCCCCUCCGGAAAGGUGACUUUUACGGGGAAGAGCUUUUCGAUUGGGCACCAGGCAGUUUCGCCGAACUUCCAGUCUCCAGCAAACAUGUCAAAACUCGGGUAAAAGUAGAUGCAUUCCUGCUCACGGCCCAUGACUUGUAUAGUGUAGUUUCCAAACACAGGCUACAGUGGAAGAAGGGUACUCAAACUCCAGCGGUGAAGUUCAUGGCAGCUUCUACUAUAGCAACAACAUUCCGUCGUGGUCGUCGUCUCCGAGCUAUAACCAAAGUAAAAAAGCUUCAAGACAUGGAUGACAAAAUGUUGACGUCGAUCUGCGACUAUACAACGCAAGUGUCGUACAAUGAGAACAGUUUUAUUUUUCAAAUGGGAGAUCCAAUCGACCGCAUGCUGUUCAUAAUCGGAGGGAUAGCGUGGACCUACACGUCGAGUGAUGUUCAAGCUGAGCAAGGAAUCCCAUCAAUGGCCCCCAAGCCUCUCCGGAAAGGUGACUUCUACGGGGAAGAGCUUCUCGAUUGCGCAUCAGACAGUUUCACCAAACUUCCAAUCUCUAGCAAACAUGUCAGAUGUCAGACAAAAGUAGAAGCAUUUGUGCUUAUGGCCAAGGACUUGAAAACUGUAAUUUCCAAGUACCCGCUACAGUGGGAGAAAAACGAGAAGAAGAGGGUUCUCAAGAGGUGAAGGACAUGGCAGCUUCUACUACAGCAACAGCAUACCGUCGUGCUCUCAAGCCUCUUCCAUAGCGUUUUUGGAACGCUAUAAAAUGCUUUUGUAUUAUAACGUUUCUAAACCCCAAGUACUAUUAGUUUUUUUUUAACAACCGACUGUAUCUACACAAAUGAGAGGGGCAAGGUUUAGCCCUAAUUUGGUACUGAGGUGAUUCUAAAAAAAGUGGCUAUCAAAAAAAGCUGG